AUUUUCAUAUUGCGACAGGCCGCCAUGCAGACUGAAACUGGUCAGCCGUGUAUUGCGCAAUACCGCUGGGAAGUAAAAGUUGCGUUGUCUAUGUAUUGGCAAUUCUUAUAUGUCGCCUUUUAUUCUGUGUAUGUUUCAUAUUCUUAACCAUACUGAUUUUGAUUCGAUAUCCAGGUUUCACCCCUCUUAAAUGUCUUUGAAUGGUUAAGCUAGACAAAAAAAAAAGUUUACACUUUAUUGUUGUUUCCGAGGUCAGUAUUAGAGAAUUUAUGAUUGAUCAUGUAAAGCUUUCGAGGAAGAUUACCAGUAACAGUCUGAAAGGUACAUGUAGAGGGACAUGUACUGGUAAUCUGCGAAUCUUUACAAAAGCAUCUUAAAUCCACCCACUGCUGGCCUUCAUCCUUAUCAAGCUUUGUGCCCCUCCCAUUCUCAUUAUGAAAUAUUGUCAACAUGACUUGAUCUACAUUGAGUCACGGUUGUCCGGGUUGUGCAAUAUUCUUGAGUGACUUUUACUUCUAUUCUGCAAACGGUUUUAGGGUUCAACGUCAUUUCGUUUCGCUCGUGCUCGGCGUCCACAUGACUUUAACGGUUUGCUGAAUUUCUCUCCCGCCGCAAGUGCCACGCCCAUUUCCGAUUACAAAGUUUAACACGAUUUCCUCGUAGACAAACUGUGUUUUCAACACUUGCCGACGAUUUCAUGCGCAAGACAGUUCUACGUUUGCGUAUACUCCGAUGUUGCAUUUCUGUCUUCAGCCUGUCGGAGUUUGUGACUUCAUUGGUUCUAUUCCGUAUAGUCGAUCAGAUCACUUGAUGAUAUUAGAAUGGAUUCAUAAAAUGAAGAAGCGACACUACAAAAGGGCAUGUGCAACCUAUGAGAGUGGUAUGGUGGCCUUUGAGGACUUCCCCACAGACCUAGGACCGAUCUGGAUCCUCGGGAAGCAGUAUGACCUGACGCAGCACCAGCUAGAAGCCAGGCUGGAUGUCCUAUCGAGGUUGUGGUUCACGUACCGCAAGGGGUUCUCAAAUAUAGGUGGAACUGGACCAACGACAGACCAGGGAUGGGGAUGCAUGCUACGAUGUGGUCAAAUGAUGUUAGCACAGGCACUUGUCUGCAAACACCUAGGAAGAGAAUGGAGAUGGAGACCCCAGGAUCAAGAUGAGACGUAUCUCAAAAUCCUUCAACUCUUCCUUGACAAGAAAGAUAGCUGCUACUCAAUUCACCAAAUAGCUCAAAUGGGUGUAGGUGAAGGAAAGAAGGUUGGUGAUUGGUUUGGACCAAACACAGUGGGUCAAGUCAUCAGGAAGCUCUCACCCUUUGAUUCCUGGAGCGACCUCGCUGUUCAUGUCGCCCUUGAUAACACCGUCGUCAUAGAAGAUAUUAGGAAGCUAUGCACAGUGAGCAGUACAACAGAAGAGAGGAGUAGCGGGGGAUCCCAGUCAACAGGGAAGAGGAGAAGGACAUCAUCCUCGGAGAACAUAAGACACAGAACACAGCUCAGCCCCGACGAUACAAACAUUCAAUUACCCAAUGGACUCAUGGAAGGGGCGUGUGUCUUGCCCCGGGGAAUGUCCUGGAGGUCGUUGUUUCUCAUAAUACCUCUCAGACUUGGACUGAAUGAGAUUAAUAGUGUGUACAUGCAAAGACUCAAAAGGUGUUUCACGUUACCACAGUCAUUAGGAGUGAUAGGAGGGAAGCCUAAUCAUGCGCAUUACUUCAUCGGUGUACUUGGUGAAGAGAUGGUGUACCUUGACCCACAUACAACUCAGCCAGCUGCCGAUGUAGAUAAAUGGGCGUAUCUACAAGAUGAGAGCUUUCAUUGUGAACAUGCUAGUAGGAUGCCAAUUAGGAAUCUUGAUCCUUCAAUAGCCUUGGGUUUUUUCUGCCACUCGGAGGAGGAUUUCAACAAUUGGUGUAGAAAUAUACAAUAUGUAAUAUCAGAUGGUGAUCUGAGUCCAAUGUUUGAAUUAACGGAAACAAGACCUAAACAUUGGCCACCCUUUGAACCCAACAGUGUUUCAAUAGAACCUAGCUUUGAAAUCCGUGACUGUGAAUACCCAGAUGAGGACUUCCACAAUAACUCUGAUGAAGAUUUUGAGUUCCUUUGAUGAUCACAUGUAUGAGCUGCCAUGAAAGUCACAAGACAAACAG